UAUAAGGUAUGGAAGAUGUGGCCUGCUGACUGCUGUGUUCCAUAGGUAUUCAGACUCAGCUGCUGAGGUUUUUUACAGUGGAAAGAAAAUAAAUUUUGUCACUGCUGAAGGACCUACAGGCUUGCAAAAUCUUGCAGCGAAUCCCCAAGAGGAGACUGUUCAUUGGAAAGUGGAGAGUGUGUGCAGGAUGGGAGAGCAGCACACGUUCAAGCUUUGCCAGUUGCUGCAGAAACAUUAGAAAGAUUUCAACUAGAAGGAAGCUUUAAUAAAUCAAGGAGAGAACCAUGCUCUCAGCAGAAGUGACUGAAAUGCGCUUUCUGGGAUAAAAGCCACUGGUGGACUGGUACAUAUUAUCAUAGAAUACUUAUAAAUGAACCUGGUUGUGACAUUGUAUCUGCGUGUGCACAGUGUGUGAAGAGGACAGAGUAUUAACUAGGAUGUCAACGGAGUCAGAAAUUCAACAGGUUGUCAGGGCCGGCACGAGAAAGGAAUCCAAAAAGAAAGGUCAGGAUCGGAGUGAAGCUGGUCUGAUAAAACGGUUUAAAGGAGAUGGAUUCCGGUAUAGGGCAAAACUAAUUGGUGUGGAUGAGGUUUCAGCUGCAAGGGGAGAUAAACUCUGCCAGGACUCAAUGAUGAAACUAAAGGGAAUUGCAGCUGCAGCACGGUCAAAAGGGGAACAUAAACAGAGAAUCUUUCUGACCAUUUCAUUUGGAGGAAUAAAAAUCUUUGAUGAAAAGACAGGAGCUAUGCAGCAUCACCAUGCAGUUCAUGAAGUAUCAUACAUUGCCAAGGACAUCACUGAUCACCGCGCCUUUGGUUAUAUUUGUGGCAAAGAAGGGAAUCACCGCUUCGUGGCAAUAAAGACAUCCCAAGCAGCUGAACCUGUAAUUCUUGACCUACGUGAUCUCUUUCAACUCAUCUAUGAACUGAAACUUCGAGAAGAGAAGGAGAAAAUGGCACAAAAGGACAAACAAUGUGAGCAAGCAGUCUAUCAGACAAUUUUGGAGGAAGAUGUGGAAGAUCCUGUCUAUCAGUACAUUGUAUUUGAGGCUGGACAUGAACCAAUCCGUGAAACAGAGGAGAGCAUUUACCAGGUGCCAACAAGUCAGCAGAAGGAGGGUGUCUAUGAUGUGCCAAAAAGCCAACCAACAAUUCAUCAGUUGGACCUCUUUGGUGAUAUGUCUACACCCCCUGACAUUACAUCACUUGGGACCCCAGCAUCACCUGCAAAUGCCCUUGGAUCAGACACAUUUGCCUCUGGAGUUCUAAGUGCCCAGCCGACAGGAAGACCUGACUUGUUUGGAUCUGUUCCUUUCAACACUGCUGGUGUGCCCACAGGAUAUGUCACGAUGGGAGCAGUGCCACCUGCAGUCUGGGCGCAACAAUCAAGUGCUCAAAAUAUCAUCAACCCUUUGUUAGCUGGAGUCCAGUCAACAGCAUGGGGCCAACCUACCUUAUUUGCUGUUCAGCAGCAGUGGGCUCCUGUUGGAAGCCCAUUCCAGCCUACUGUUUUCAUGUCAGCACAAACUCCUAUGCCACUACAAACUGCCAUGUUUAAAGCAGCCUUAUCUGCUGGUCAACCAACAAUUGCCAGUCAUCAAGAAGAGAAGCCAAAACAGAAAAUGGGGAAGGAGAUGUUUAAAGAAUUCCAAAUGGUCAAACCCCCAGUAGUGCCAUCAAGAAGAAACGAACAGCCAUCACUCUCGUGCACCUCAGAGGCCUUCACAAGCUAUUUUAACAAAGUUGGGAUGGCACAGGAAAUGGAUGAUGCUGAUGACUUUGAUAUCUCUCAGUUAAAUCUAACUCCAGCAACCUCCAAUUCCACACCAUCAUCAACCAAUUCACCUCCAACUUCAUCUCCACAUCAGCACACACCUGAGGCAUCUUGUCAGCACACACCUGCGACAUCUCCUCCUCAGAGCACGCCAGCUGCUUCUCCCCUUCAGACCUCUCCCACUACUUCUUGUCACCAGAAUAUUCCAUCCAGGUCACUAACUGAGAAUCCGAGUGAGCCUACUUCCGGUGGCCAAUUGGGGGAUGAGUUGGACAACCAAACCAACAGCAAGUUGCAAGUAGCUAUUGUUAGUUGUGAGACAUCUGCAAACAACGAUGUAGUUGGUGAUUGUCUUGAUGAUUCUUUAACCCCACAGGUCGGUAGUUAGAUAGCAGAUUUUGGGGCAGAAGAGCCUCUCUAUGCCCAGAUAAAGAAGAUCAAGAAAUAACCAGCUGGAGCUAUGAGUGUGUUGCAGGAAAACCUUGAACCAUUCUCCAUUGGAUCAGCGUGCAAAACAAAAUCAAUCAGCCUGACCUGCACCUCCCUCAAAGCCAUUCUGUUUUAUCAGAGAAACAAAAUGAUGAAGGAUUACUGUGACAGAUGCUGUUUAAGGAAUUAACUACUGAUUGCACCAAGGUGAAGAGAACUGUACUCUGUAUCUGGAGGAUUGAUUGAUCAGUUUGUUGCAGAUGUGGAACUAACCAACAAGGCAGUCACAUUCUGCUAGAAAUAAUUUCUUACGUAAGAAACAGAGUAUUUGAAUCUUCUAGAAAUUACACUAUUUGUCAUCUAAGGUCCAAGAGCUCGCUGCUGAAUCACUAUGCAGAUGUCAACCUCUCUUCUAUGUUCUUUUAUGGAAAGUACAUUCAACAUUCCCCCUCAGAUCAGAGAAAAAAAAACUUUUUCAGGAAGCAACAAAAUCAAACUUAAUUUAUAACAGGACAUUGAUAGCAUGAAUUUGCUACUAUGUAUGAAUUCUGACAUUUUCAAAUCAGACAAAACUCUUAUCACUUUUUGUACAAUAUGAAAAGAAAAAUCAAAACACAAAUUUUAUUUUAUAAAAAAAUCUGCGGUUCUUGCUGUUCAACUGAACACUUUGAAUGUGUUUUAGAUAAAGUGGCUUUAAGAAGUUUGAUUGAGGAUUUGUCAUCUUUUUCGUUUUUGUAAAUAUCGAUGUUCAAAACAAUCUUUUAAUUUAGUUUGUUUUCUCUGCAUUUACAGAAUCUAAAUUUUUGAACGAGAUUGAAAUUAAAGGGAUAUGACUGACUAUGUUUCUGCAUAUUUUAACUUACCUCAGCUCACACUUU